AGGACGAGUGCCACACAGGGCACUGAGCUGGGAAUGUGGUUGGGGAUUGCAGUUCUGGUUUCUCUUGCUGGAUGCUUGGCUGGGGAGGAAGCAACUGAUGAUGAAGGAAUCCCCUGCUCAAAGUACCAGCAAGCUUUCAACCGUUCCUGCUACGAGUUUGUGAGACUCCAGCAAACCUUCACAAGUGCCCAGAGCUGGUGUGAGAGAGGAGGAGGGCACCUUGUCUUUAUUCAAAAUGAGGAAACUCAAGAGUUUUUGCAAAAACAUAUUGCUGAGGAUCAGGAGUGGUGGAUAGGACUGAUCUCAAACUCCUUGCAGAAUGAAACUACUGACGGGUCGAUGAUUUGGCUGGACACUUCAAAUAUAAGCUACACUAACUGGUACAAGGAUCAGCCAUCUUCCAUCUCAUCUACAUGUGGGUACAUCCUGAAGAAUGCCAAGUAUCAGUGGGGUGUGACUGAAAAUUGCAGCCAGGAAUUUGACUUCAUUUGUGAGUUUGAAUCUGGCCAGAGCAUUGCUUGUGAUAAUUACAAUGCCACUGUGCAGUGUGGAUCUGGAGAAGUUAUUCAAAUUGGAGAGAGCUUCUAUGGACGGAAGACCCCUCAUUACUGUGUGUCUGAGACUCCACUCCAGGAGGAUACAGAUGAAGGCUGCAGCUGGAUCAGUGUCAAAGAUGAAGUAGCAGGCCAGUGUCACGGUCUCCAGGCCUGCCAGGUGACAGCAGAUGGCACUUUCUUUGGAGAUCCUUGUCCAGCUUGGGGAAGCUAUUUGUCUAUUCAAUACCACUGCAAGGAAGGUCUGCAGCUGGUUGUGACAGAUUCAUGUUUUGUCUUUGAAAAUAUCACGGUCAGUCUGAACUGGCUGCUCUCACCAUACUCUGGCAACCUGUCCUGUACCAUCAGCACUGGGGAUGGUCACACUAUUGAUCCUUACUACCCUCCAACACUGGUCAGCAACAUCACACACAGAUACUCCUCUCCUGGAGAGUUCACUGUUUUUGUGGAAUGCACCACCAGCGAAUGGCACGUGAUGGCACAGAGGCAGGUGACUGUCCAAGACAAGAUGGACCAGCUGAGCAUUACUGGGUGCUACAGCCAGUAUGAAACUGGGAACAGCUCCCACUGCCGGGCACUGUAUGGGGAGGUGUUGUGGAUUCAGGUGGAACUCAGUAGAGGCAGUGGAGUGACCUAUAUUAUGUCAGCAGAUAACAUAACACUGGCUGAAUCCAGCAUAAAGGAAGGAAUUGCCCCUCAUAACCUGACACUGGACAGUGCCUCUCAAGAGCUGCUAGGCCCAGGGACACAUCAGCUGGAAAUCCGAGCGUCCAGCAACACGACGGCGUCAGAGAUCUCCGAGACUUUUGCUGUUCACUUAGUUGAGCCAAUAUCUGGCCUUCAGGCUGCAUUGGCUUCCCACACUCUGCAGCUGGGGGAGAAUUUGGAGGUGAAUGUCUCUGUGUCUCGUGGUGCCCCAGCUGAGGUGACGUUUGAGGUGAUGGGAUCGAACGGAACUCACUCUCACACAGAGGAUGGGCCUCGUGGGGAACCUCGGACGUACGUGGUUCCCCUGCCCUCAGAAGGUAUUUUCCUAGUGAAAGUGGUGGCCAAGAAUGCCUUCUCAAACAUGAGUCUGGAUCUUGGAUUCAUCACUGUGUUGGCAAACACUUCCCAUAAAAAAGGUUCUGCUAAGGAAGAAGGCAGCUACAAAACAAAUAUCCCAAAGGCAACUGAUCACAAAAGAGAACCCAAAAUCUCUGUUAAACCAAGUCGCCACGUGGAUCCUUUCACAACUGUUACACUUGGCUGGCCAGACAACAACAGGAAUUCCAGUUUUCUCUGGUCCUGUGGAGCUUGCUGGCCUGCAUGGAAUGAAUGUGUGCUGCAACAGAUAAUCCUAACCAACCAAUCUGAGGUGCAAAUCCCACCUUCCUGCCUUCCUCCCCCGAAAUCAGCAGUGACUGUCAGGAUUACAGUCCGAAACCACGGCAGUGAAGAGAGGCAGGACGAGCAGUGUCUCUAUGUGACUGCAAAACAAGAACUGCAACUGGAAAUCAGGUGUGAGGCAAACUGCAAACCAGUGAAUAUUAGCAAUGAAGUUGUUUUGAGUGUCUCUGGACAGAAGGACUCCCAGGCCAUACAUUAUAACUGGUAUUUGGAUAACACAUCCCAAACCAAGUCUACAACCCUCCCCCUGGCCUGUGGCCUGACUGGUUUCCGGCAGAACUCUUUGAAUUUGCUUCAAAGCAACACAUCCGUGCUGAGAAUGAACAGCUCCUUCUUGCAGACACAGGGAGAAGCUUUUCAGAUUAAAGUAACAGCAGUGACUCAGCGCCGCUACGGGGAGGGGAUGUACCUUGUCAGCACCGUGUCCCCGCCCGGCAUCCCCGCCUGUGCCGUGUCUCCCCAGCAGGGAUCCGUGCUCACCACCUUCAGAGUCUCCUGCAGCGCUCCCGGCUCGGUGGGUUCAUCCCAACCCAGUGCCAACAGGCAGCUCACGUACUGCUUCUACCUGAAACCAAAUUCUCUCCUGGACUGCAGCCCGGAUCCUGAACUCUUCCCAGCCUAUCUUCCACUUGGAGAAGAGGAAAAUAAUUUUAUUGUACAUGUGACAAUCACUGUUAGCAACAGCUUUGGUGAUACAGUUCAAACAAAUGCUUCAGUGAAGGUUGGACCUGCAGAUGGGAUGGAUGGGAACCUGACCCUGCAGGGCAUGGUAUCUGAGAAGGCAAACACCAUCCUAAAAGAUGGGAACAACAGCAUGAGCCUUUUCCAGCUGUACAAAUCACUGACAUCUGUCCUUAACCAGCAGACCCAAGAGGAAAGCUUUAACAUGUCUUUGCAGACAAAUACACGAAAAGAGCUCCGAGGGCUGAUGCUGACAACUCUCUCUGCUGUUAAUGUAACAUCAAUGCAGGCUGCUCUUAAGAUGUCAGAGGUGUUGAAAGAAAUCACUUCCAGGAGUGAAGAGCUGUCUGUCUCAGCACAGGUGGAAGCCAGCAACACUCUGAAAGAUGUCAGUGCUUCCUUGCUCACUGUAAACCCAGAGGACAGCAGAGAUGAUCAGAACCUAAAGGAAGCAGCCAACCAUCUAUUUAAUGCAGUCAGCAAUGUCCUUAAAGCUUCUGUAGAAAUCAGAGCUGCAAACUCUUCAGUGCCAGAGGCAGAACAGGUUUCGGUGUCACACCAGCUCCUGAGUACAGUGGAAAAUCUCCAGAGUGCCCUCCUGUUUGGGAAAGCCCCAGAUGAUGAACCUACAGUGCUCACCACUCCUUCUGCCACAAUGUACACGCACAGAUUACAAACAGAAAACAUGGAUGGCACAUCCAUUAACAUCUCCAAUUCCAGCUCUGCCAGCUUUACUCUCCCACCUGCUUCCUCUCUCAGUGUUUCAGGACUUGAUGAUGAAACAGUGGAUAUAAGGAUGGUGAGCUUUGCUGUGAACCCCUUUUUCUCCAGUGACACCAGUUUUGACAUCAGUGGAACAGUGGGGGGUCUAAGUCUUACUGGUCUGGAUGGCUUGAUCAUACCAGUCAGCAACCUCAAAGAGAACAUUGAAAUCAUGUUACCAAGGCUUUCAUCAACUCAGGAAGAUAAGAUUCUGUUGAAUCUGGGCAAUUAUAGCACUUUCCAAGUCAAUGUUACCUCAGAAAACACAUCUAUAGUGAUCUACCUGGAAUCUGAACACAACAUUCCACUAAUACUCCACUUGGGGUACGGUUAUCACCCAAAUGAGACUAAUUAUGAUAUGAGAAAACAUCUGUUCUCUAAGAAAGCUGCUGAAGGUGAGACAAACACCUGGGUUCUUAGCCCGGAAGAACUCUUUUUUGGAGAAGGAACCUACUAUUUCAUGGUUUUGCAAGAUGUGGGAAUGGAUUCCAAAGUCUAUGCUGGGCUAACCAUAGGUGUCACUUGCUUUGCAUCCCGCUGUGUAUUUUGGGAUGAGCACCAGGGGAGCUGGAACAGCUAUGGAUGUCAUGUAGGACCAAAAACAAAUCCUAGAAGCACACAGUGCCUGUGCAACCAUCUGACUUUCUUUGGGAGCUCCUUCCUUGUCAUCCCCAAUGCCAUAGAUGUCAGCAAAACUGCACAGCUAUUUGGUACAUUUGUGGACAAUCCUGUGGUGGUGACAACUGUAGGAUGCAUCUUUCUGAUAUAUGUGCUCGUAGUUAUUUGGGCUCGAAGGAAAGACAUUCAGGAUGAUGCCAAAGUGAAAAUCACAGUCCUGGAAGACAAUGACCCCUUUGCUCAGUAUCGGUACCUGGUGACAGUUUUCACAGGACACCGCCGUGGCGCAGCCACAACCUCCAAGGUGACUCUCACCCUCUAUGGAAUGGAAGGAGAGAGUGAGCCCCACCAUCUAACUGAUCCUGAUACCCCUGUGUUUGAACGUGGAGGAGUGGAUGUUUUCCUUCUCUGUACCUUCUUCCCUCUUGGGGAACUGCAGAGUAUUAGAUUGUGGCAUGAUAACUCAGGGGACAGCCCGUCCUGGUAUGUGAAUCGAGUGUUAGUCCAUGAUCUGGCAUGGGAUCAGAAAUGGUACUUCCUCUGUAACUCCUGGCUAGCCAUUGACAUUGGAGAAUGUGUCCUAGAUAAAGUGUUCCCGGUAGCUACAGAACAGGACAUGAAGCAGUUCAGCAAUCUGUUUUUCAUGAAGACCUCCAGGGAUUUCCAGGACGGGCACAUCUGGUACUCUGUUUUCAGCCGCUCCCCACGAAGCUCCUUCACGCGCGCCCAGCGCGUGUCGUGCUGCUUCUCCCUGCUGCUGUGCACCAUGCUGACCAGCAUCAUGUUCUGGGGUGUGCCAAAGGACCCAGCCGAGCAGAAAAUGGAUCUGGGUAAGAUCGAGUUCACAUGGCAGGAAGUGAUGAUUGGCUUUGAGAGCUCCCUCCUCAUGUUCCCCAUCAACCUGCUCAUUGUGCAGAUCUUCAGGAACACACGACCCCGGCCAGCCAAGGAGGGGAGACAGAGGAAGCCGGGGAAGAAUGGCCGAGUGUCCCCAAGCGUACCCCUCACCCCAGAGGUCACCCAGGCUGCCUCGCUCACUCCAGAGGCUGUGACAAAGGACAUAAGAAGAAUUGCCAACUCACUCUUGAAAGUCCUGAAGACUCCACCUCUCACCUCAGCAUCAGAUCUUGGAAAAGCAACAAACAUCAACUCCCUUCUGUCAUUGGUUGAGGACAUCAUCUGCCAGCAGAACAGAGCUGGGCAAGGGUUUUAUGAUGGGAGCAAGAAGGAUGGCCCUAUAAUUGUCACUUUAGGUUCUAUGGAUAUGCAAGAAAAAACAAGAAGCCCAAGUCCAGAGAAGAGAAUUUGUGAGCGACCGAAAUACAGCGAUUACAAUCGCUGCUUGUACACACAACUCCAGCAUGUGGAGAUGGAGCUGGAAUUACUGGGGCCCCAUAAAUUCCAGGUGCCUCAGAGUUACACACAAGCUGUUCAUCAGGUUCAGCACAUGAAGAACCUCCUGGAGCCCCGAAUGUGCUCGUCAGCGUCCACCAGUGAGGGGUGGUCCCUGACUUCAAACUUCUCUGGUGAUGACAAGAAGAGUGUUUCUUCCAAAGGACUGCCCUGGUGGUUUGUGUUCAUCGGGUGGUUCCUGGUGGCAGCCACCAGUGGUGUGUCCGGGUUCUUUACCAUGCUCUAUGGGCUGCACUAUGGCAAGGAGAACUCCAUCAAGUGGCUGAUCUCCAUGGUCAUCUCCUUCUUGGAAAGUCUUUUCAUCACACAGCCCUUAAAGGUGCUGGGAUUUGCUGCUUUUUUUGCUCUGGUUCUGAAGAAGGUGGAACAUGAGGAUGUAGAAAACCCAGCUAUUGAUGGGCCUUUAUCUGCACCAGGUGAUUCACACCCUCUCUUUGGAGCCCGAAGGGACAGUAGAAGCAACAUUUACCGGCCACCUCCUGCAGCUGAUGUGGAAAAAAUGAAAAUCAGCUGCAUGAAGGAGCAGAAAGCAUUUGCCCUCAUCCGAGAAAUCCUGGCCUAUAUUGGGUUUUUAUGGAUGCUGUUACUGGUUGCCUAUGGGCAGAGAGAUCCCAAUUCCUACUAUUUGAACAAACACAUUGAGGACAGCUUUACAGCUGGAUUCCACGAUGUCUACAGUUACCAGGAUUUCUUCACGUGGGCAAACACCACCUUACUCAAAAACCUUUAUGGAUCAUAUAAAGGAUUCAUUACAGAUGGCAAUUCCAAGCUGGUGGGGAGUGCUCGAAUUCGCCAAGUAAGAGUGAAAGGAGACACCUGCCCUAUUUCUCCCAAACUCCAGCAUGUAGUUGAGGAAUGCCAUGCUCCAUACUCCCUACAGACAGAAGAUACAGCAGUUUAUGGGGAGCACUGGAAUUCUUCAGUCUUUGAUAACUCCUCUGACCUGAGCUCAGCGUGGCAGUAUCAGAGUCAGUCCAAACUGAGAGGGCAGCCCAGCUGGGGUAAACUGGCCACCUACAGUGGAGGGGGAUACGUGAUUCACCUGGGAACUGAGCCUGGGAAUGCCUCCAGAAUUCUCCAAUACCUUUUCAACAAUGCCUGGCUGGACACCUUCACCAGAGCAGUGUUUGUUGAAUUUACAGUCUACAAUGCCAAUGUGAACCUGUUCUGCAUUAUAAGCCUGAUGUUUGAGAGCAAUGCUUUGGGAGCCUUCUUCACAAGUGCAGAGCUGCAGAGUGUCCGGCUCUACCCCUACACCAACAGCCUCCACAUCUUUGUGGUUGCAGCAGAAGGGAUUUAUUUCCUCUUUAUUGUGUACUACAUGAUAGUACAGGGGAAACUGCUGAAGAGUCUGAGAUGGAGAUAUUUCCACAGCAAGUGGAAUCUCCUGGAGAUGGCCAUUAUAUUGAUUAGCUGGAGUGCUCUGUCAGUGUUUGUGAAGAGGACAAUCCUUGGGACCCGAGACAUCAGUUACUACCAGGAACACAAAGAGAACUCUGUGAGCUUCAGCGAGACAGCGAGAGCUGAUGCAGUUCUUGGCUACCUGAUCGCCUUCCUGGUGCUCCUCUCCACAGUGAAACUGUGGCACCUCCUCAGGCUCAACCCUAAACUAAACAUGAUCACCUCAACACUGAGGAGGGCAUGGGGUGACAUCUCUGGAUUCAUCACUGUGAUUGCAAUCAUGUUCCUUGCCUAUUCCAUUGCUGCAAACCUGAUAUUUGGCUGGAAGCUCUACUCUUACAAAACUCUCUUUGAUUCAGCAGAGACCAUGGUCAGUCUUCAGCUGGGAAUCUUCAACUAUGAAGAGGUCUUGGACUACAACCCAAUUUUAGGCUCCUUCUUAAUUGGAUCCUGCAUCAUUUUUAUGACAUUUGUGGUACUGAAUCUGUUCAUUUCGGUGAUUCUGGUUGCUUUUAGUGAGGAGCAGAAGCACUACCAGGCUUCAGAAGAAGAGGAGAUUGUUGAUCUAAUGCUAAUGAAACUCUUCAGUUUCUUCGGGAUUAAAUGCAAGAAGGAAGAGAAGCCAGUCACUGACGGGCAGCUGGAGCAACCUGUCAGCGAGUGAACGACGACCACAUUGAAAAGUCACUUUGCUUGUGGGCAAAAUAUUUACUCGUUCGCUAUCAGCUGCAGUGGUUAGGGUUAGGUUAGGUUUUAGGCUUAGGUUAUCGCAGCUUCUCAUUAGAACGGGCUUACCCAAGGGAAUGGCGUGAAGCUGUGUCAGGGGAGGUCUAGGUUGGACAUAAGGAAAAGGUUAAAGAGGGUGGUCGGGCACUGAACAGGCUCCCAGGACAGUGGUCGUGGUCCCAAGCCUGAGGGAGUUCAAGGAGCCUUUGGGCAAUGCUCUCAGGCACAUAGUGGGAUUCUUGGGGGUGUCCUGUGCAGGGCCAGGAGCUGGACUUUGAUCAUCGGUGUGGGUCCCUCACAACUCAGAACGUUCUGGGAGAAUGACGCGGUGUCCACCAGCGAGCCGUUCUCAGCGUGUUAUUUUGCAGUUAACAGCUAAGAAGUAACGCUAAACCUAAGGCGAAACGUCCCACGUGCGCUUGCUGUAGAUUCGACACCUGUAUUUAUUUAAUAAACACUGAGCGUCUGUUGCA